AUGAAAUGUGACAAAGAUGCGACUCGCCAAAUGCCCAUUUCCCGUGUGAUUUCUUUACUUUUCCAAGUAAAUAUUAAUAUUUAAUCAAUAAAUUAUUUGAUCGAAUAUCGAGUUGAAGUUACUUAUCGUUUUUACUUUACAAAACACCAAGUGCUUGUUAUAAUUUUACGUAGAAUUCUCAAGUUUAUUAAAUCGAUUUGCACAUCGACUGAUGUUAUAACAAUUUUCAAAUAAAACCAUAAUUGUUUCAUCAAAUCAAAGGAUACUCUAUAAUAUUAACAUCAUGGAAUAUCCAUAAACACAAGAACAAUUCAAAUAAACUGAAAUUUCGUAGUUGGAAACGUAAGUUGUCUUUGGACUACAAAAAUACUAUUAAACUACUAAAAAGCUGCAGUUAACACUAUGGUUGAUAACCAGGGCUACUUGGUACCGCUAUACGCAAGCCCACCACAACCUAUUGAUGUUAACCCAAUGGACAAUACAAAAAGACUUACCAAGGUAAAAAAUCCUUGUGUUACUAAUUCUAUAGAACCAAACCAUCAUCCAGUCUUAUCCAACGUCGUAUACUGUCCUAACUGCGAAUUAAACUUCCUGGAUGCCAACGAAUACGAAAAACAUAAGAGCAAGUGCAAACGAAAACACACGUGUACAUAUUGCUCUGCUACGUUCCAAAGAAACGAUCACUUGAAACGACACAUAAUAAGCUUACAUUCCAACACUAAGUUUAACAUAUGUCCAGUAUGCAACGAAGACUGUAAAAGUUAUGAAUCGUUAUUGAAGCACAUCAAAACCCAUCCGAACGAUACAAGCUUAAAUUGCCGUGAUUGUCAACAAGAAUUCAAGUCGUUGUAUGACUUAGUUGUUCACGAAUCAAGACAUUUAUGGUUGGAUAGCCACUCGUGUACUUAUUGCAGUAAAAUAUUCAAGCGUCGUGAUCAUAUGCUAAGGCAUAUACAGACUUUGCACCUACAACAGUUUACAGUGUGCCCGAUUUGUAACCAAAAGUAUAAGAGAAAGGAUCAUGCGUUGAGGCAUAUACGAGAGAAGCAUAAAAUGGCAGUACCGUACGGAGGUUUGAAGGAGUUUCAGGAAAAAAUGACUUCACAGGAAUGAAUAAACAAUCAUUUUAUAGCGGUAGUCUUCUAACUAUGGCGAGUUGAUAAUCAAAGCAUUUACUUUUAAGCUUGUUGUUUAUUUUUUAAACCCCAACCCAAAAAGAACGGUGUUAUAAGUUUGACCUGUGUAUCUGUCUGUGGCAUCGUAGCUCCUAAACGAAUGAACCGAUUUUAAUU